AUGAGUUUUUAUAUAAUUCAUCAUUUUUUGGAUUUUGUGAAACAGAUUUACAAGGAGCUUCCAAAAGUAGUGAACCGCUACUUUGAGAACCCUCAGGUGAUCCCCGAGAACACAGUCCCUCCCCCCGAAAUGGUUGGUAUGAUCACCACAAUUGCUGUGAAAGUCAAUCCAGAGCGUGAGGACAGUGAGACAAGAACACAUUCCAUCAUUCCAAGAGGAUCUCUUUCUCUGAAAGUGUUGGCAGAAUUGCCCAUUAUUGUUGUUCUGAUGUAUCAGCUCUACAAACUGAACAUCCACAAUGUUGUUGCUGAGUUUGUGCCCUUGAUCAUGAAUACCAUUGCCAUUCAGGUAUCUGCACAAGCCAGGCAACAUAAGCUUUACAACAAGGAGUUGUAUGCUGACUUUAUUGCUGCUCAGAUUAAAACAUUGUCAUUUUUAGCUUAUAUCAUCAGAAUUUAUCAGGAGUUGGUGACUAAGUACUCUCAGCAGAUGGUAAAAGGAAUGUUACAGUUACUUUCAAAUUGCCCUGCGGAGACUGCACACCUCAGAAAGGAGCUUCUGAUCGCUGCAAAGCAUAUCCUCACCACAGAGCUAAGAAACCAGUUCAUUCCUUGCAUGGACAAGCUGUUCGAUGAAUCCAUACUCAUUGGAUCAGGAUAUACUGCUCGAGAGACUCUCAGGCCCCUCGCCUACAGCACGUUGGCCGAUCUCGUGCACCACGUCCGUCAGCACCUGCCCCUCAGUGACCUCUCCCUCGCCGUCCAGCUUUUUGCCAAGAACAUCGAUGACGAGUCUCUGCCCAGCAGCAUCCAGACCAUGUCCUGCAAGCUGCUGCUGAACCUGGUGGAUUGUAUCCGCUCCAAGAGCGAGCAGGAGAGCGGCAAUGGGAGAGAUGUGCUAAUGCGGAUGCUGGAGGUCUUUGUUCUCAAAUCCCCUGUGCCUCCAUUUGAAAAGCAAGGAGAAAAGGAUAAGGAGGACAAGCAGACAUUCCAGGUCACAGAUUGUCGAAGUUUGGUAAAAACCCUGGUCUGUGGCGUCAAGACAAUCACAUGGGGCAUAACGUCAUGUAAAGCGCCUGGUGAAGCUCAGUUCAUUCCCAACAAGCAGUUACAGCCCAAAGAGACUCAGAUUUACAUAAAACUUGUGAAAUAUGCAAUGCAGGCUUUAGAUAUUUAUCAGGUCCAGAUAGCAGGAAAUGGACAAACAUACAUUCGAGUAGCGAACUGCCAGACGGUCAGAAUGAAGGAAGAGAAGGAGGUGUUGGAACACUUUGCCGGUGUAUUCACAAUGAUGAAUCCCCUAACCUUUAAAGAGAUCUUUCAAACAACGGUCCCUUAUAUGGUGGAAAGAAUCUCAAAAAAUUAUGCUCUUCAGAUCGUUGCCAAUUCCUUCUUGGCGAACCCUACUACCUCGGCCCUGUUUGCUACAAUUCUGGUGGAGUACCUCCUGGACCGCCUGCCGGAAAUGGGCUCCCAUGUGGAGCUCUCCAACCUGUACCUCAAGCUGUUCAAGUUGGUCUUUGGCUCCGUCUCCCUCUUUGCAGCUGAAAACGAACAAAUGCUGAAGCCCCACCUGCACAAGAUUGUGAACAGCUCCAUGGAGCUUGCACAGACUGCCAAAGAACCCUAUAACUACUUCCUGCUUCUUCGGGCUCUCUUCCGCUCCAUUGGGGGAGGCAGCCAUGACCUCCUGUAUCAGGAGUUUUUGCCUCUCCUACCAAACCUCCUGCAAGGGCUGAACAUGCUGCAGAGCGGUCUGCACAAGCAGCACAUGAAGGACCUCUUCGUGGAGCUGUGUCUCACGGUGCCCGUGAGGCUGAGCUCGCUCUUGCCGUACCUGCCCAUGCUGAUGGACCCCUUGGUGUCUGCUCUCAACGGGUCGCAGACGUUGGUCAGCCAAGGCCUGAGGACCCUGGAGUUGUGUGUGGACAACCUGCAGCCUGAUUUCCUCUAUGACCACAUUCAGCCAGUCCGCGCAGAGCUCAUGCAGGCUUUAUGGCGCACCCUGCGCAAUCCGGCUGAUAGCAUUUCUCACGUGGCCUACCGUGUCCUUGGUAAAUUUGGUGGCAGUAACAGGAAGAUGUUGAAGGAAUCCCAGAAGCUGCACUAUGUUGUGACUGAGGUUCAAGGCCCAAGUAUCACAGUGGAGUUUUCCGAUUGUAAAGCAUCUCUUCAGCUCCCGAUGGAGAAGGCCAUUGAAACCGCUCUGGACUGCCUGAAAAGUGCCAACACUGAGCCCUACUACCGGAGGCAGGCGUGGGAGGUGAUCAAGUGCUUCCUGGUGGCAAUGAUGAGUCUGGAGGACAAUAAACACGCCCUCUACCAGCUUCUCGCACACCCUAACUUUACAGAAAAGACCAUACCUAAUGUCAUCAUAUCGCAUCGCUACAAAGCACAAGACACUCCAGCUCGGAAGACGUUUGAGCAGGCCUUGACCGGGGCGUUCAUGUCUGCUGUCAUUAAAGAUCUCCGGCCCAGCGCCCUGCCCUUCGUCGCCAGCUUGAUCCGCCACUACACGAUGGUGGCAGUCGCCCAGCAGUGCGGUCCUUUCCUGCUACCUUGCUACCAGGUGGGCAGCCAGCCCAGCACAGCCAUGUUUCACAGCGAAGAAAAUGGGUCGAAAGGAAUGGAUCCGUUGGUCCUUAUUGAUGCAAUCGCUAUUUGUAUGGCAUAUGAAGAGAAGGAACUUUGCAAGAUUGGGGAGGUGGCCCUGGCUGUCAUAUUUGAUGUUGCAAGUAUCAUCCUGGGCUCAAAGGAGAGGGCGUGCCAGUUGCCUCUGUUCUCCUACAUCGUCGAGCGCUUGUGCGCCUGUUGCUAUGAGCAGGCCUGGUAUGCAAAGCUGGGGGGUGUGGUGUCCAUUAAGUUCCUCAUGGAGCGGCUGCCUCUCACUUGGGUUCUCCAGAACCAGCAGACGUUCCUCAAAGCGCUUCUCUUUGUCAUGAUGGACUUGACUGGAGAGGUUUCCAAUGGGGCCGUCGCCAUGGCAAAGACCACCCUAGAACAGCUUCUGAUGAGAUGCGCGACACCUUUAAAGGAUGAGGAGAGAGCCGAAGAGAUCGUGGCAGCUCAGGAGAAGUCCUUUCAUCAUGUGACGCAUGACUUGGUUCGAGAAGUCACCUCUCCAAAUUCCACUGUGAGAAAACAGGCCAUGCAUUCACUGCAGGUCUUGGCCCAGGUCACUGGAAAGAGUGUCACUGUGAUCAUGGAACCCCAUAAAGAGGUCCUCCAGGAUAUGGUCCCGCCGAAGAAGCAUUUGCUCAGACAUCAGCCUGCCAAUGCGCAGAUUGGCCUGAUGGAGGGAAACACGUUCUGCACCACAUUGCAGCCCAGGCUCUUCACAAUGGAUCUUAACGUGGUGGAGCAUAAGGUGUUCUACACAGAGCUAUUAAAUUUGUGUGAGGCUGAAGACUCUGCUUUAACAAAGCUGCCCUGUUACAAGAGUCUUCCGUCACUUGUACCUUUGCGAAUUGCAGCAUUAAAUGCACUUGCUGCCUGCAAUUACCUUCCUCAGUCCAGGGAGAAGAUCAUCGCCGCACUCUUCAAAGCCCUGAAUUCCACAAACAGCGAGCUGCAGGAGGCCGGAGAAGCCUGCAUGAGAAAGUUUUUGGAAGGUGCUACCAUAGAAGUAGAUCAAAUCCAUACGCAUAUGCGGCCUUUGUUGAUGAUGCUGGGGGAUUAUCGAAGCUUGACGCUGAAUGUCGUGAAUCGUCUCACUUCCGUUACCAGGCUCUUCCCAAACUCCUUCAAUGAUAAAUUUUGUGAUCAGAUGAUGCAACAUCUACGAAAGUGGAUGGAAGUGGUGGUCCUCACCCACAAAGGGGGCCAGAGGAGCGACGGAAACGAAAGCAUUUCCGAGUGCGGGAGAUGUUCCUUGUCUCCAUUCUGUCAGUUUGAGGAAAUGAAAAUUUGUUCGGCAAUUAUAAACCUUUUUCACCUGAUCCCAGCUGCACCUCAAACUCUGGUCAAGCCUUUGUUAGAGGUGGUGAUGAAAACUGAACGGGCUAUGUUGAUUGAGGCUGGCAGUCCCUUCAGAGAGCCUCUGAUCAAAUUCUUGACACGGCACCCCUCACAGACGGUAGAGCUGUUCAUGAUGGAAGCUACACUGAAUGAUCCCCAGUGGAGCAGAAUGUUUAUGAGUUUUUUAAAACACAAAGAUGCCAGACCUCUGCGAGACGUGCUGGCAGCUAACCCCAACCGGUUCAUCACUCUGUUGGUGCCCGGCGGCGCCCAGACCGCCGUUCGCCCCGGCUCCCCCAGCACUAGCACCAUGCGCCUGGACCUUCAGUUUCAGGCCAUCAAGAUCAUAAGUAUCAUAGUUAAAAACGAUGACUCCUGGCUGGCCAAUCAGCAUUCUCUGGUGAGUCAGUUGAGACGUGUGUGGGUCAGCGAAACCUUUCAAGAAAGACACCGGAAAGAGAACAUGGCUGCCACCAACUGGAAGGAGCCCAAGCUGCUGGCCUACUGUCUGCUGAAUUACUGCAAAAGGAAUUACGGAGAUAUAGAAUUGCUAUUCCAGCUGCUCCGGGCCUUCACGGGUCGUUUUCUCUGCAACAUGACGUUCUUGAAGGAGUAUAUGGAGGAAGAGAUUCCCAAAAAUUACAACAUUUCUCAAAAACGUGCCCUGUUUUUUCGCUUUGUGGACUUCAAUGACCCCAACUUUGGUGACGAACUGAAAGCCAAGGUUCUGCAGCAUAUCUUGAAUCCUGCUUUCUUAUACAGCUUUGAGAAGGGGGAAGGAGAACAGCUCUUAGGACCUCCCAAUCCAGAAGGCGAUAACCCGGAAAGCAUCACCAGCGUGUUUAUAACCAAGGUCCUGGACCCGGAGAAGCAGGCGGACAUGCUGGACUCCCUGAGGAUUUACCUCCUGCAGUACGCCACGCUGCUGGUGGAGCACGCGCCCCACCACAUCCACGACAACAACAAGAACCGCAACAGCAAGCUACGCCGCCUCAUGACCUUCGCGUGGCCCUGCCUGCUCUCCAAGGCCUGCGUGGAUCCGGCUUGCAAAUACAGUGGCCACCUACUUCUGGCGCACAUCAUUGCCAAAUUCGCCAUACACAAGAAAAUCGUCCUUCAGGUGUUUCACAGUCUGCUCAAGGCCCACGCGAUGGAAGCUCGAGCAAUCGUCAGACAAGCGAUGGCCAUAUUGACUCCAGCAGUGCCUGCUAGGAUGGAGGAUGGGCACCAGAUGCUGACCCACUGGACGAGGAAGAUCAUCGUGGAGGAGGGCCACACGGUCCCUCAGCUGGUUCACAUUCUGCAUCUGAUCGUGCAGCAUUUCAAGGUGUACUACCCAGUGCGACACCACCUGGUGCAGCACAUGGUCAGCGCCAUGCAGAGGUUAGGCUUCACGCCCAGCGUCACCAUCGAGCAGAGGAGGCUGGCCGUGGACCUGUCCGAAGUCGUCAUCAAGUGGGAAUUGCAGAGGAUCAAGGACCAGCAGCCGGAUUCAGACAUGGACCCAAAUUCAAGCGGAGAAGGCGUCAACUCUGUCUCAUCCUCUAUUAAAAGAGGCCUGUCGGUGGAUUCCGCCCAGGAGGUGAAACGCUUCAGGACGGCCACGGGGGCCAUCAGCGCGGUGUUUGGGAGGAGCCAGUCGCUGCCCGGAGCGGACACCCUUCUUGCCAAGCCCAUAGAUAAGCAGCACACAGACACCGUGGUGAACUUCCUCAUCCGCGUGGCUUGUCAGGUCAACGACAACACCAACACGGCCGGCUCUCCUGGGGAGGUGCUGUCUCGCCGGUGUGUGACUCUCCUGAAGACCGCCUUGCGACCGGACAUGUGGUCCAAGUCUGAGCUCAAGCUGCAGUGGUUCGACAAGCUGCUGAUGAGUGUGGAGCAACCUAAUCAAGUCAACUAUGGAAAUAUUUGCACGGGGCUGGAAGUGCUGAGUUUCUUGCUCACUGUCCUUCAGUCUCCGGCCAUCCUCAGUAGCUUCAAACCCCUGCAGCGAGGCAUCGCCGCGUGCAUGACGUGCGCAAACACCAAGGUUCUCCGAGCGGUCCAUAGCCUCCUCUCCCGCCUAAUGAGCAUUUUCCCAACAGAGCCAAGCACUUCCAGUGUGGCCUCCAAGUACGAAGAGCUGGAGUGCCUCUACGCGGCCGUCGGGAAGGUCAUCUACGAAGGACUCACCAACUACGAGAAGGCCACCAACGCAAAUCCCUCCCAGCUCUUUGGGACCCUUAUGAUCCUCAAGUCCGCCUGCAGCAACAACCCGAGCUACAUAGACAGGCUGAUCUCAGUCUUCAUGCGCUCCCUGCAGAAAAUGGUCCGCGAGCACCUGAACCCACAGGCAGCGUCGGGCAGCACGGAAGCGACCUCAGGAACCGGUGAGCUGGUGAUGCUGAGUCUGGAGCUGGUGAAGACGCGCCUAGCCGUUAUGAGCAUGGAGAUGAGGAAGAACUUCAUUCAGGCCAUCCUGACCUCCCUCAUUGAGAAAUCACCAGAUGCCAAGAUCCUACGGGCUGUGGUGAAAAUCGUGGAAGAGUGGGUUAAAAACAAUUCCCCGAUGGCAGCCAAUCAGACGCCUACACUCCGGGAGAAGUCCAUUUUGCUCGUGAAAAUGAUGGCCUACAUAGAAAAGCGCUUUCCGGAAGACCUCGAAUUAAACGCCCAGUUUUUAGACCUCGUGAACUAUGUCUACAGGGAUGAGACGCUGUCGGGCAGUGAGCUGACCGCAAAACUCGAGCCAGCCUUUCUCUCUGGGCUGCGCUGUGCCCAGCCGCUCAUCAGGGCAAAGUUCUUCGAGGUUUUUGACAACUCCAUGAAACGUCGGGUCUACGAACGCCUGCUUUAUGUGACAUGUUCCCAGAAUUGGGAAGCCAUGGGGAACCACUUCUGGAUUAAGCAGUGCAUUGAGCUGCUCCUGGCGGUGUGUGAGAAGAGCACUCCCAUUGGUACCAGCUGCCAGGGAGCGAUGCUCCCGUCCAUCACCAACGUCAUCAACCUGGCCGACAGCCACGACCGAGCGGCCUUCGCUAUGGUCACACAUGUCAAGCAGGAGCCUCGGGAGCGAGAGAACAGCGAGUCCAAAGAGGAGGAUGUAGAGAUCGAUAUUGAGCUGGCUCCUGGAGACCAGACCAGCACACCCAAAACCAAAGAGCUUUCUGAGAAGGACAUUGGAAACCAGCUGCACAUGUUAACCAACAGACACGACAAAUUCCUUGAUACUCUCCGGGAAGUGAAGACGGGAGCCCUGCUCAGCGCCUUUGUCCAGCUGUGUCACAUUUCCACAACGCUGGCGGAGAAGACAUGGGUCCAGCUUUUUCCCAGAUUGUGGAAAAUUCUCUCUGACAGACAGCAGCACGCGCUGGCUGGUGAGAUCAGCCCGUUCCUGUGCAGCGGCAGCCACCAGGUGCAGCGGGACUGUCAGCCCAGCGCACUCAACUGCUUCGUGGAGGCCAUGUCCCAGUGCGUCCCCCCGAUUCCCAUCCGACCCUGCGUGCUCAAGUACUUGGGGAAGACGCACAACCUUUGGUUCCGCUCCACAUUAAUGCUAGAGCACCAGGCUUUUGAGAAAGGUCUGAGCCUGCAGAUUAAGCCGAAGCAAACGACGGAAUUUUAUGAGCAGGAGAGCAUAACUCCACCUCAACAGGAGAUACUGGAUUCCCUGGCUGAACUGUACUCUUUGUUACAAGAGGAAGAUAUGUGGGCUGGUUUGUGGCAGAAGCGUUGCAAGUAUUCAGAGACGGCGACGGCCAUUGCUUACGAACAGCAUGGAUUCUUCGAGCAGGCACAAGAAUCUUACGAAAAGGCAAUGGACAAAGCCAAGAAGGAGCAUGAGAGGAGUAACGCGUCCCCUGCUAUUUUCCCAGAGUACCAGCUGUGGGAGGAUCACUGGAUUCGGUGCUCUAAGGAGUUGAACCAGUGGGAAGCCUUGACGGAGUAUGGCCAGUCCAAAGGUCACAUCAACCCUUACCUGGUCCUGGAGUGUGCGUGGCGAGUGUCCAACUGGACUGCCAUGAAGGAGGCAUUGGUGCAGGUGGAAGUAAGUUGUCCCAAAGAGAUGGCGUGGAAAGUCAACAUGUACCGUGGAUACCUGGCCAUCUGCCACCCCGAGGAGCAGCAGCUCAGCUUCAUCGAGCGCCUGGUGGAAAUGGCCAGCAGUUUGGCCAUCCGCGAGUGGCGGCGGCUGCCCCACGUGGUGUCCCACGUGCACACACCUCUUCUCCAGGCAGCCCAGCAGAUCAUCGAACUUCAGGAAGCCGCACAAAUCAAUGCCGGCUUACAGCCCACCAACCUGGGCAGGAACAACAGCCUGCACGACAUGAAGACGGUGGUGAAGACGUGGAGGAACAGGCUGCCCAUCGUGUCUGACGACUUGUCGCACUGGAGCAGCGUCUUCAUGUGGAGGCAGCAUCAUUACCAGGGUAAACCUACCUGGUCCGGCAUGCAUUCAUCAUCUAUCGUAACUGCCUACGAAAACAGUUCUCAGCAUGACCCAAGUUCAAACAACGCCAUGCUUGGGGUUCACGCGUCCGCGUCGGCGAUCAUCCAGUAUGGGAAGAUCGCCCGCAAACAAGGACUGGUCAACGUAGCUCUGGACAUAUUAAGUCGCAUUCAUACUAUUCCAACGGUGCCUAUCGUGGAUUGCUUCCAGAAGAUUCGGCAGCAAGUCAAAUGCUACCUCCAGCUGGCAGGAGUCAUGGGGAAAAACGAAUGUAUGCAGGGUCUUGAAGUGAUUGAAUCUACAAACUUGAAAUACUUUACAAAAGAGAUGACAGCUGAAUUUUAUGCGCUGAAGGGAAUGUUCUUGGCUCAGAUCAACAAGUAUGUAUGUUAUACAGAAGGAGAAAAAUUCAUCAUAUAUUUUGAUUUCAGUGUUCCAGGAUCCAUGAAGCUUCACAAUCUUAUUUCUAAGUUGAAAAAGUGGAUCAAAAUCCUGGAGGCUAAAACCAAGCAGCUUCCAAAGUUCUUCCUCAUAGAAGAGAAGUGCCGGUUUUUGAGCAAUUUCUCAGCACAGACAGCGGAAGUAGAAAUUCCAGGGGAGUUUCUGAUGCCCAAGCCGACCCAUUAUUACAUCAAGAUUGCUCGGUUUAUGCCCAGGGUGGAGAUCGUGCAGAAGCACAACACUGCAGCCCGGAGACUCUACAUCCGCGGCCACAACGGCAAGAUCUACCCGUACCUCGUCAUGAACGACGCCUGCCUGACCGAGUCCCGGCGAGAGGAGCGCGUACUGCAGCUGCUCCGUCUGCUGAACCCCUGUCUGGAGAAGAGGAAGGAAACCACAAAGAGGCACUUAUUUUUCACAGUUCCACGCGUGGUGGCGGUGUCCCCACAGAUGCGCCUCGUGGAGGACAACCCCUCUUCUCUUUCCCUCGUGGAGAUCUACAAGCAGCGCUGUGCCAAGAAGGGCAUUGAGCACGACAACCCCAUCUCCCGGUACUACGACAGGCUGGCCACGGUGCAGGCACGCGGGACCCAGGCCAGCCACCAGGUCCUUCGAGACAUCCUCAAAGAAGUUCAGAGUAACAUGGUGCCACGCAGCAUGCUGAAAGAGUGGGCUCUGCACACGUUCCCCAACGCCACGGACUACUGGACGUUCCGGAAGAUGUUCACCAUCCAGCUUGCACUCAUUGGCUUUGCAGAAUUCGUCUUGCAUUUGAAUAGACUCAACCCCGAGAUGUUACAGAUCGCUCAGGACACUGGCAAACUGAAUGUGGCCUACUUUCGGUUUGAUAUAAAUGACGCAACCGGAGACUUGGAUGCCAACCGCCCCGUCCCUUUCCGCCUCACCCCCAACAUUUCCGAAUUCCUGACCACCAUCGGCGUCUCCGGCCCGUUGACGGCCUCCAUGAUCGCCGUGGCCCGGUGCUUCGCCCAGCCCAACUUCAAGGUGGAUGGAAUUCUGAAAACGGUGCUUCGGGACGAGAUCAUCGCUUGGCACAAAAAAACGCAGGAGGACACUUCCUCUCCACUCUCGGCCGCUGGGCAGCCUGAGAACAUGGACAGCCAGCAGCUGGUGUCCCUGGUGCAGAAAGCGGUCACGGCCAUCAUGACCCGCCUGCACAACCUGGCCCAGUUCGAAGGCGGGGAGAGCAAAGUGAACACGCUGGUGGCCGCCGCCAACAGCCUGGACAACCUGUGCCGCAUGGACCCCGCCUGGCACCCCUGGCUGUGAGGGCCCUCGGCCUGGGCUCCGCGUGGCAGCGGGAGACGUGGCCCGGGCCGUCAGCAAGGGCAGAGCGCAGACGUCCGAGCUGCUGCGGUCCCCUUCCAGAAACCAGGAUUCCCCGGCCUGGAAUUGCUUCCUGGAUUUUUUACCGUGUUUCUCCCUCUGUGUGAAUGUACAGCUUCAACUGUAGAAGACGGUUCUCUGUCGUCCAUUUUUAACUCAGAAGUAACACCUCACAGGAGCUUUGUGCUUUUGUACAGACUUUAUAACAGAUGUACGGAAAACCCACUUUGUUAGAGAAACAGGAAAUUAUGAGCAAAUCGUGCUGGCUUUUCUCUCAGCACAAACUUCUGUGCUGUAUGGAACCGGCUCUGGGGGCUCAGCGAGCGGCUGACGCGGGUCAGCAAGGCCUCCCUCGCCCCGUGGGAACGCCUGUCCUGUGUGUGUGGGGUCAGACUCCACUGGGAGAGCGUGAGCUCUGGGAGCGGCAGGGGAACGGUACGCUUUUCAUCGGCUGGUUCUUGGGCGCCUUCGACACGUUUACUGUCACUGUACUUGGAAAAAAAAACACUUUUUUCCGGCCUAAUUUAAAAAGAAAACAGCCACAAAAGUUUGUCGGUUCACUCCAGUCUGUUAUGUUCACGUUUUUAUAAAUAGGAGCUUUGAGAAUGUUCUAUCUAAAUUUGUACAGUGUGAUUUUUUUAGAAUAAAUAUUUUAUAAAAGGACGUGUCAUCCCUU